AUGUCCAUUUUUUCCGUACACAAGAUCGAGGAAGGGCAUGUUGGAGUUUAUUAUAGGGGUGGAGCUUUGCUUCGGCAAACAAGCAAUCCAGGGUACCACAUGAUGAUCCCAUUCAUCACCUCCUACAAGGCUGUCCAGGUCACUCUCCAGACAGACGAGGUGACAAACGUGCCCUGCGGAACUAGUGGCGGCGUCAUGAUUUACUUUGACCGAAUCGAAGUUGUCAACAUUUUGAGUUCGAGCAGUGAUAUUAACGCAGUUUACGACAUUGUGAAGAACUACACGGCUGAUUACGACAAAACUCUCAUUUUCAACAAAGUGCACCAUGAGUUGAACCAAUUCUGCAGCGUCCACAGCUUGCAGGAGGUUUAUAUUGACUUUUUUGACCAGAUCGAUGAAAAUCUCAAGGUAGCCUUGCAAAGGGACCUCAAUGUAAUGUCUCCUGGCUUGUAUGUUCAAGCAGUUCGAGUCACCAAGCCAAAGAUUCCAGAGCCCAUUUGGAAAAAUUAUGAGCUGAUGGAAGGAGAAAAGACCAAACUCUUGAUCUCGAUCCAGCACCAGAGAGUUGUUGAGAAAGAUGCCGAGACGGACAGAAAAAAGGCCAUCAUUGAGGCAGAGAAAGAAGCUCAAGUUGCCAAAAUUCAGUAUGAGCAGAAAAUCAUGGAGAAGGAGUCCCUUAAGAAAAUAUCUCAAAUCGAAAACGAAAUGCAUCUUGCUCAGCAAAAAAGUCGCUCGGAUGCUGAAUUCUAUCAAAUGCAGCGCCAAGCAGAGGCAAACAAUAUUUUGCUCACCCCCCAAUACUUGGAGCUGCGAAAGUUCGACUCCAUAUCUAACAACAACAAAAUCUACUUUGGCAACGAAAUUCCAAACAUGUUCGUCAAUGGAGAUUGCAGCGUUGACAAGAAAUCUGUUCAAGCUGCUGCGUCCAGUGCGGACAAACGUAAUUAA